AGUUUACUGUUUACUCGGCGUUUCUCAAGUUUCACUUCGACGCGUGUUCUGCCCCGUCUCCUUUGUGUUGUCAGGCAGAAAGACACACCAGUCAGGGUGGCGUGUGUCCUGAUUCACAGGCACCCCCAUCAGCUACCGGAAUAAAACAAUAGUCUAUCUUUUUUUACUGUUGUGAAACGGAAAGGUGCCAUUUAUUUUCACCGUUUUGCAACAAUGUCGGUGGGAGUGGAGUCUGGAUUCUCGAGUGAGGAGGUCUUAAACAGCCGCUUUCCUCUCCAUCGGGCUUGCAGGGAUGGAGAUGUCGGUGCCUUGUGUUCGCUCCUUCAGUGCACCUCAGACCCGGCUGACCUCACCGUGGAGGACACCUUCUACGGCUGGACGCCCAUACACUGGGCAGCUCAUUUCGGAAAGGUAUUAAAACCAUUAUGGGUAUAUAUUUUUCUGACGCCCGAAUCUCUCAUUGGCUGAAAGUAUGUCCAGAAUAAGCGCCAGCGCUCGCCGACAUGAGCCUCGUUCUCGGCCAUUUCCUGGUGUUUCCCUGAUGAGACUAAAAAGCAGCCAUCGUUAACUGGAGAGACAGACAAUGGACCAGAAACAAGUCAAUGCUCCUUAAUGGCUUACGGAUGUCUUUUUAAGGAUAUUGGCUGACAUUUUAUACUAACGGGGAAUUCUGGGCUAAUAGCUAACAUCGAGCGGGAACAAUAUUUCCCCGUAACCAUAGAGACGCAGAUAAAGAAAUUGGAACGUUGAGCGCAAAUAAGCCGAAGUUACACAAACUCAAACCACCUAUCCUGACAAUACUAUGCGGUAAAUAGAGUUUAUUCGACGAUAAAAAGAUUUAAUAUCGACCGUUUAACGAAGCAGUUUUCUAACUAUUCCUCGUAUUUACCUUUUUAAAAUUUCAGUUAAUACGAAAAACUCGAGUGUAGCUUGAAAUUCAACUUUUGACGUUCAUGACUCUUUUCCAACAGGCUCCCUUUUCUAAACACAGCAGUGUUUAGAUUUGUUCAGCUACACUUUGGGCUGGGCAGGCCUGCAGUUUGCACAGACAUUGGAACCGAGCCCAGACUAAGAACCACGAAGUGUCAGACAUUGUGCCAGGCCAAAGCGUAGUGUUGCAUUUUCUUUCCCUGUAACCACCUACUGUACUACACUUGUCUAUACCUGCCCGGAGUAAUUUAGGAAAAAUGCCUUUUGAAGAGAUAAUUGGCCUAACUGUCUGUGCAUUACUCAUCUUUUCACAGUUGGAGUGUGUGAUGCGUCUGGUUCAGGUGGGCUGUGGUGUGAAUGCGGUGACCUCCAGGUUUGCACAGACGCCCACUCAUAUUGCUGCUUUUGGGGGCCACCCUGAGUGCUUGUUAUGGCUACUCCAAGCUGGAGCAGAAAUUAACAGACAGGUGAGACACCGGGUGCACCUUCAGUUUACACCUACACGCUUAACAAAACACACAAGAAUAAAGAAGUUUAGUAUUCCUUUUUAAAAGUCAUUCCCAACCUGUUUGGUUAGUUUACUGUAAAUCUCCUUGUUGGCAUUUAUUUCCUGAAAAGAUACUUUAAACAAAACCGUGCACUAAGCAUACUGAUUUCACAAGAAGGAGUGCGUUACUUAGAGGCCUUUGACAUUUAAAUGAAAUAAAACACCAAAAGAACAUCACUUCUUUUUCAGACAGAGAUACAAAUGUCUGAUUUUAGAAUAAAGCAGCCAAGAGGCUGAGCUGAGACUUAUCCCGUCAAAGAGGAUCAGUGUAAGAUGGGGUCAUGACCCUUUCAGUGUUCUUUUGCAACUUAUUCCUCCUCCUGACUUAUAUCCAGGUUAUGUUUAUGUGGCAUAUUUUCAAAUACUGCACUUACUCUGUACAUUUUACUCCUAAUGUUGUGUCUGCUACACAAAUUUCCAUGCAGCAGCGUCUAUUUUCUGCUCUACUGCACUUCUGAGACAAAUCAGAUUAGUAGGUCGUGAUGACAUAAUGUAUUGACGUCAUCACAAAACACAUUUCUAAACUUCAUGUCUUUGAUUUUUCCCUGCAUAUGUUGAAAUAAACACCUGAAUAAGUCUUCCGAUUUGGAGACCGAACCCCCUCGGGUUGCUGAGCAGGGCUGAGUAUAGCUCAUAUGUCAUCGUGGUUAGAGGCAGCAUUCUGAUGACUUGUUUUUUCCCAUCUGCACUCCUACUAAUGUGCAACUGUAAAUAUGUGUGGGUAGUGGUGUGGUCUGGGUGAAAAGUUCAAGCUGUCUUCUGUAUUGUCACACUGAGUUAUUGCAAGCUAUAGAGAGAGGUGAUACUUGUGGGAGUUGUUGAUUAGAAUCUCCUCAUACACAUACUGAGCAAUUUGCACAAUCCAUCUAUGCUUCUUUGUGUGUAACCACAGUUUUCUGUCCGUACUCAGGACUAUGUGGGUGAGACGCCCAUCCACAAGGCUGCUCGUGCGGGCAGUCUGGAGUGCAUCAACGCUCUCUUGAUUCAGGGAGCGAAAGCUGAGUAAGUCCUGUGAUCAGAUCUUGGUCUUCACUUCUUUUCCUCUUCACUAUCCAAACCUAAAAUUUACCUUUGCAAGGGAUCACCACCAAACUCAAACCAGAGCAGUGAUAAAAGUUUAAAGUCAGGCUUUAUCCAUGUUUGAAAGAAGGUCUGCUUUUUAAUGCAGCAGAUCUGAAGAGCAAAAGAAAAACACAUUAACUCACUUAAAACACUGAUUUAAAGAAAUAGUUUAAGACAGUAAAAAGUAUAAAUGGUUGUUUUAAGACAAGAAGGAAGCUGCUCUGUGAAAUGGUAAAGAGAAAACACUAUAUCACUGAGAUUGUAUGUCAUAACUGUAAACAGUACGAGACAUAUUGCUCGGUUUCACAAAACUUUAAAGAGAAAAUCAGAAUACAGAAAUUUUCAAACGUGAAUCAGACAAAACACCAGUUUUUGUCAUGUUCAGCUUUUGUGUUAAAACCUCAGAAAACAUCACAAAAGUGUCUGAAACUUACAUUUCUCUUCUGUCAGGACUUUUCAUUCCUAACUGUUGUGCAGUUUAUUGAACUGCAAAGAUUUUAAAUUGGGGGUACGCACCGUAGUCGGCUUCAAACCCCUAAGAAAUUGAACACUGAAGAUGCUUAAGAGUUAAUCCACAAAUUUUUCAUAAGACUAAACACCUCUACAUUGAGAUGCAUGUUAUCGUAUUUCUUCAUUUGGUGGUGCUCCCUUGAAAAUUUUUGAACAUAUUAAUAACCCCUGAAAUUGUUGUUUAUCAUUGCAACAAUUUGCAUUAAGUUGCCCUCCGUGUGUAAUAACACUAUUAAAGAUAUAUAAGCUACAGAAGGAAUUAUUUACAAGUAUAUUUUCCAUUCAGCAAAUGUUCAUAUUUGCAUGGUAAGAAUAAAUCCUACAUUUUUGUAAAAGUAGAGAAUAAUUGCAGCACAGCUCCUCUUUUGAAUUAACAAACAACUUUUAAGUCAGCAAAGUUAUUGCACAGGUAAGAGGACAACUUAAUGUAAAGGUUUACAAACUGUUCUUAGCUUAAUAGGCCAUAUUGCAUGAUCUUUGUUAAGUCUAGAGUGUGUUUUUCUUUGUUAACAUUUGUUUUGGUUAGUGUCUUACAUAGGCAAUUUGACAGGAUGACUAAAUGCACAUCGUCUCUUAUUAUGAAGCCCCUUUAGUAUGAGUAUGAAAGGCUGCUUUUUGGUUGCAUAUAAUGAAUAUGAAUUAAUCAAACAUGAUUAGAUCAAAGCAUCAUUCUUUACAUUAUGCAAAAAAUCUUUAGAAUACAAGAUUAUAAAAUAAAUGAUUGCUUAAAUAUCAAGUUAUUCACAUUAACUUAGCUAAGGCCAUCUUGAUUCUUAGUUUUAUAAGAGGUGUAUAAAUAAACUCCUUCAGUAGUGUUUGACCACACCUUUUUGGUUUGACAGCUGCCUCUGUGCCUUAGAUAUCAUUUUGUUAUAGUUGCUUCACUUGAAGCAUGAACAAAGACUCCACCCGUCUUUCCUGUUUUUCUAAAUUUAGACCAAAGACCUUUAGAAAGAUGAAACUAUUAUAAUUGAAUGUGCUACUCUCUUUUGUAUAACAUGUCCAAAUAGAUUGACUAUUAUUACCCAUGAUUUAUGUCUGUCAUUCAACCUUAUUAAGUAAUCACAAAGUGUGAUUACUGCCAGAGUUAUAUUUAAGUAUGCAGGCUUCACUUUUUGAACUGCCUGUUACUCCUGCUCUUCUACAGGGUCAUAAACCACUGGGGUGGGGUAACAAGUGGCUGCCGACAAUUAUAGCAAAGGAUACAUAUAAUAAGAAGCUUACUUUAAAUCUGGAGGCCCAUUUAAAUCAAAAGAUUUAACCUAGUCUUUACUCUUUAAUUUCAUUAUUUGCAACCAAACAUAAGCCUCCUUCUGCUACCAUUGGUGUCUGGACAGCAAAACAACUGGGGAGUUAUGAAAUGUACAUUUUCUAUUAGUGGCUUUUGUGUGUCUUUUCCAAUCAUAAACGGUCUCACUGUUGCCUGUCGAAGUGUAACCAAACCAAAUCAGAAAUGUCAAUUAGAGAAUAAGUAAAGACAUUUUGUUCCUCUUACUGAAGUAUAAGAAUGAGGAAUGAGGCUGUUUGUAACUUUAAAUCAAAUUUAGUUCCUCUUCUGCUGACUGCUGAGGUAUCCUAUUGCCUCUGUUUCCCAUGAAAUCUGGAUUAAGGGCAUUUUAGUAUGAUUGUAAAACGGUAAAGUAUCAAAUAGUUUCCUAAAAUAGUCCAUUGAAAAAAUCAUUACCCCAAAAGACUGUUUCAAAUAGUGUUGUCAUAGCUACUGCGGGGAUAAACGGUUUAGUUAGACAGAUAACCUAACUCAGUUUUAAUGUAGGGUGUGUCAUAAACCUCCAGUUGAUUUCACUGUUCCACAAAUUACAUCCCAUGUUUUUAAAAAGCCCAGUUUAUGAUUUAGGUCAUGUGAUGUGCAUUUGGUCAUCAGCUGAUGAAAAAUGUUUAUUAUGAAAAUGAAAUGUGAUUUUUUUCCCCCUGCAGAUCACAGAUAUUACAUUUAGUUUAGCUUAUGAUUUAUCAAGUUAUUUUUGUUAAGCUUAUGACCCAGAAGUGGGAAUAACCGGGAGGGAAACUAAGGCACAUAAUGUGGGAAUGAGGCUCAUGACAACAUAAUGUAAGAGAAAGACUUAUCUUUAAAAUCAAAGCUCAGUUCCGCUUCGAUCAGAUGACCAACCGUUUCAAUGAUAUCAACAUUUUCACUCGUGGUUUUAUCAAUAUUUCACAAAAGAGGUCCAACAAGAAAAAGAUCAGCCAAUACAACUAUAUCGAUGCUCAGACAUUGAGUCCAUAAAUAUGAACGCGCUUGUGACAAAAUACAAAGGCCAUUCCAAGUUAGAAUUUUUUUUUCAUAUCAGGAUUAUGAUCAAACUUUAAUUGUUUAGCAAUGGCCCAGUAAGCCAAAUUGGGAUUUGGAUUGUUGAAUUAUUUUAUCAUGUUGUUACUGUGGUAGUUAAGAAAUAAAAGAGGCAUGAAAAAGUUGAAGUAAUGGCAAAUUCACUAAGUAAAUUAAAAUCAUAGAUACAUUUAUUUUGUGAAAAGUAUAAAUGCAGAAAACUCCUGAUAACUUUAAAACAUUUUCAGCCAAAUCCUAAUUUAAAUAGAAAUAAUAACCAAGAAAAUCCAAAUUUACAUAAGGGAUCAGAAGAAUAUCUUUCUGUGGAAUGACCAAGUAGUUCACUGUAAUUGAAACUGCAUUCAAACCUAACUACAUUGAUAUUUUCUUUAGUCCAGGUUAGAACUUGUGCGGGAUUUUGCAUAUCCUCUUUUUCGGGGUCACACUUAUGUCACUGAAAAACGUUUAUUCUGUAAAUCUGUAAAUUUAAUUUCCUUUUUCUUUGUGCCGACAAUAAUUGUGGAGGAGUUUCUCUCGUCUUUUAGGACGUCUCUUAUUGUCAAAUCAAAGAGGUACCUCAAGGCUGCUGUUCACAACAAAAUUCCGGUGACUUUUAACCGUCUAAACCAGCUCCAUGUAACCAUGUAAUCGAAAAGGAGGAAAAUAGGUCUCCAGCUCUACUUGAAACAGGUUGAAAGCCAUACGUAAAACACUGUGGCUCAUUUAAAGAUAAGCGCACACACACACAAAAUCCAAUGAAGUGUCACCACUCAGAGUUAAGGUUGUACAAAGAACAGGCUUAUCUCUUUUUUAUUAGUGAUAGGAAUUUACAGGCUUGACCAUAACACAUCAAUAAAAAUCAUCAUGUCUACAAACACUCCUUCAAGAUAGAUGUUUAAAAAAACGCUUUAAAAUAAAGUGAUCAAUUGUAGGCCUAAUGUUUUUUCUUCAUACAAACAUUCACGAUACAGAAAAACAACAUUCCUGCAGUGAUAUAUGACCCCCUGACAUUUACAGUGUUUUUAAGUGCUUCUUUCAAAUGUUCUUCCUGCUGAGUUCAUUUUGAAGACUCUUGAGUAAAUGACCCUUGUCUGCCGAUCGAACACUUUCCAUCAUCCUACACCACCUCAUAUCUUCUGUCUUCCUUUACUGAGAAGAAAGAAGUCUGUGCGACUGAGUGCUCUUCUCCGCACUGGCAGUGCCGAUACUUUUUGCUUUGUAAAGAAGAAAAGAAGAGGCAGAGGUAAACUGGGAGGACAUUCGACUCUAAAUGGAUCCAUCUCUGAUUCAUUAGGGCCAAACUGCAGCACAGAGAGCACUCUCACCAUCUGCCCCCACCACUGAUUCAGCACACUCGCGGCUGCCAGAGAAAGCUGACUGUGGCCCAGGAUACCACAGCAAAUACAGGCCACAGAUGAUCAAUGAUUGCUCAGUGGCAUGUCAUGGCUUAGUGUGGGUUUGACCGAGAGAGAAGAAGAAGAAACUGUUCUCAUUCACACACGUCAUCUAUUUGUCACACACACUUGCAAUCUUAAAACUAAUCUCAGUGUUUUACUGUCUAAGCUAAAUGCUACAAGAUUAGAUGUAAUUAACAUUCAGUACAUGAUAAUUACUUAGUUUCACAUAACAGAUCUUUAAAAAAAUCCUUCAACACAAUGGAUAAGAAACUUUGGUGCUAUAAUUUUUAAAAAUACAUAUUUUUGAUAUUAAAUACAGAUGUUUCAAUAUGAUACGGAUAACUGAUAACCAAAAGGAUCCUACCUCUAACUGCUUGAUACUAAACGAUACCGUUGAUACAAAGCAAAAAUACUUAAUUGAUCCCUAGAGGGGGAGCUGUCUACACGGCUUUAUUAAUAGACAAAAGUCAAAACAAACAACAGCCGGCAAUCCACAAAUAAACAGAAGCACAUACCAACGUCAGCAACAAACAGUAUACUGUAUCAUACAUUGGACAUAAGCCGAGUAGCACAAGUCCCACAUAAUAAACAACAAAAAUAAGUGAGAUACAAUCUAAAUACCUUAAAGAAAACAAUUUUAUAAAUAAAAAAAAUCUUAUUUCUGUCAAGCCUUGAAAAAAUAAGAUUCAUAGCGUUUGUCAUGAGCCUCUAAGUGUUAUGGUGGUCCAUUAGUGAGCUAGCAGCAGGAGAGAAGUGUUAAGAGGCUGCCGGUGGUGAGACCAGUGCAGACUGCAGAGACAGAGGCCUAUAGCAGCUGAAUGGGAUGGGUCAGAUUAGCAUAGCAUCAUGUACUGCACUGUUUAAUGCUAACAAUCAUCCUGUUGCAAUGGUUAUUCACUGUCAUUUCACUGUACCAGAUAUUUUACUUUUUACACAGAAAUGUUUUCUUUUGUAUGUCACAGUAUUAACACCUAUACAAUAUCAUAGCCUGUUUUGACAUUUAAUCUUUGUCACCUUUUCCUUUAUGAAAGUGACAAGUGACAAAAAACGUUUGCUAUACUGUUAACAGAACCAGAACCAUACGUCUUAAUGUUUUGCAGCCAUUGAAUUGGAAAUGACUUGGUUUUUUCAAGUAAUCCUAGAAAGGGGGAGAAUAGACACUGCUGAGUCUGCCCCGUUCCCUGGGAUAGCCGCACUGUUGUGGCAUUGAGUGUUCUCACUAUCGCUUCCUAUCUACACACUGGCAAACUGUUGAGGUAUUUCUUGCGGUGAUUGGUUUUAAUGCUAGGUUUUUAUGAAUCAAAACUAAAGUUUUAGACCUGCAUGCUUUGCUUAUUAUCCAUGAUUGUUCCUGUAUCUAGUCUUUUGUUUUUAUUUUAUGAUUUUGUUUUUGAUUUUGUCAACUAACCAUAGGAGCCCUUUAUAUGGACAGGUUUAAUCACGUGAGUCCCAUGUCAACAUGUAGCAUGAUAAUAGGCUGCCUCAGGAAGGUUAGACGAUAGUUAGAGAAGAUGCAUAUUGUGUGCUUAGGACCGAAAAGCAAAGCAUACCAGGCAUUUACAAAGAAUUAACGCUUCCUUUGAAAUUCCCCUGAAACACUGGGUAAGAUUAUGAUCAAACAAAGCACUCUGUAAUCUUCCUUUAACUCAGUGCUUUCUGUAGAUGUGUGGUCUCACUGAAGGAAUACUUUCUUUUGGAUGUUAUAAUGUACUGUUGAAUUUUCAGUAAUGUGGAUGUCAUCUAGUUAUAAAAUAUGAAAAAAGUACUAAGAAAUAAAGUUAGAGUUGAGAUGUGGAAUAGAGCACAAUUUAUAUGAAGAUAAUCAUGUAUUAUACAAACACAUGCAUAAUUAAUAAUUGUCUUUAUUCCCACUUUACUUGAUUAUGGUAAAAUUAACCAACACUUAUCAGUUAUUUAUAUUACCUGUACACUUGCUACUUUUUAUGUCCUAUUUGACAGAGGUGAGCUCAUCUUGUAGUGUAUCCCAUAAAGGUUCCAUGUUCAGCUCUCGUAUGCCAGCUCGCCUUUUUUGGUCAAACCUUCUCAAAACUGAGGUUUCUACUACAGCUUUGAGGAUGAAUAAAAGAUCAAACUAAAUAGCAUUAUUUUUUUAUGAGAGCUGAAGUGCUGGGGAGACUGAAGUUUGAGGGAAAGGCGGUUUUGGAAGAAUUUGGUCAGAUCAGAUAACAUCUUGCUCCAGAGCAUUAAACUUGGAUUCUUUCUGAAUAUUAAGUUAUUUGUUAAACGCUGAAAGUUCAACAUGGAUAAAUGUGUCUUACUGUUUCAUAAGUUAUAGAAAAAAAAAACUCUGAAGUACUUAAAAAUUGGUUUUAAUAACAUUUUUACUGGUGUCUUUCUAGUCUAGUCCAGUUGUAGGUUUGCUUAGAGAACCAAAUCUGUUUGGAGAGAAAAUGUAAACAGGUUUUUAGGAUAUCGUAGUGUUACUUUUGUAUAAACUGCAUUUUACCUAAAUAUAAUUUCUAUUCCUUGAAGUGAGACCAAAUCAUUUACUUGUGUCAAAAUGGCUCUACAUGUAAAAUAUAGCAUUUCGGACUGAUCUUGUGGAAGCGUUAAUUUUGAAGGGGACGGGAAAUGUUCAACAAGUUAUUGUGUGAUCUUUUUUUUUUUCAAUCUUUAAUUCUUUUAAAUGUUUUAUCAUGUGCACUAUUCCAUAAAAUGUUUCCUUUUUGAAACUGUUUAGAUGUUGAGAAAUGCUGAGAAAGAACAACUUCUAAGCGGAAUGAAUGAGCAAACAGGAGCAGUGUACUUAAAUUCAGCUCUUAUUGUGUGGAAGUCAAUGUCACCCAGAUUUAACACACGUGACAAUGUGGCCAUAUAGAUUAAAAAACAAACAUAGUGUUUAUUGUACAAGCACCUCAAUGAGGGCGAUUGUUGUUAGUGAAAUCGAAGUUGUGAAAGUCUAUGUAUAUAGAGCAGCCUGUAGAUGGUGGCCUUUCCUUUUUUUUCCUCUGUCGUUGCAGUGGUAGGUACAGGCUUGGAUCUCGGCCAGAGUCCCACUUCUCUGACAAAGACUUCGCUGUUUACUUGCAGAACUCAUUUGAUGACAUUUGGACACAGAACAAGCAAAGCAUUGUUUACUAAUCAGCCAGUAAAGAGAAGAGAAAUUCUCAUUUAGCUAAAGAUCCUCUCGUAGUGAGAGGUAGACUAGAGUAAAAUCGACUUGUGCCAUACAUGGGAGUUUAUUUACUAAAAACUGCAACAACAUCCCUCCAAUCAGAAUCUACUCUCAUUUGCUGAGUACAAUCUAGAUGCUUUGAUAGGACAAGUCGUCCACUGAGGCUUCAUUUCCAGUGACAUUACUUCCACACAGACGUGCCACAAACAAAUCUGGUCAUUGAAAAGCAACAACAGCACUGUUUGUCCAUUCAUUCUUACAAUCAGAGAAUCAAAUUAUUCCUGCUGUAACUGGACAUGAUCAACACAACUGUAUAUAGUCAAAAGACUCUCAAGACUUAUGACUGGCUUGUGCAAACAAUUCUUCAUGGAUUACAAACUUUUCACCUUCUUAUCCAUCUUCACUGAUAAAAGACGAAGGCCAGUUCCUUACAGCUUCACCUGCUCAAGAAAAGAAGACUGGAUUUGUCAUGAUCCCUGGUCCUUGGUGUCAUUCUUCCUCAUAACCCAUGGUUCUUUGGAGUUUCUCUUGGAGAUACAACUCUGAUCUGGUUUGGCUUCCUUUGGAUGACAGAGGAUGAACUUCCGAUUGAGUACUUAUCUCUGAAGAAUUCAGCUAUCUGCUCUUUUCUGUUAGCUUUCCUUUUAAAGCACCCAAGCGUAAACAGUCGUGCAGAUAGAUGUAUGCACUACUUCUAGACUUCUUGAACAGCUUGAAUUUGGGGCUAGUCCCAUCCUGCGGUGGAUUUGAAAAUCCUUACUCCACACUUGGGAACGUUGGAUGAUCACAACGUCAAACCCUCUUCCUUCUUAGACGUCACGUCCUCUCUGCAAAUAAGACAACUCUCCACAUGGAAUCCUGAAGCUUUUUCCUUUAGAGUCUCUGACCAUUUGAUCCUUCUGACGAGUUUGGCCCCUUAUUUCAGGCCCACACUGACAGCAGACUGAUGCACAUCUUCUCUUGUCUUAAUCAUGUCCUUUUGCAGUAGGCGUGUUUCAGAAGUUAUUUGGGACCUGUCCAGAUUUAAGUUGUAUGGAAGAUGAAAAUGAUCCAAAAGGAUCAGUCGUCAUCAAUGAUGAAGAUGACGAAGAAGAUGUGAGAGGAUAGAACAGGACAGGCUGUUUCUGUACAUCGUAUAUGUCUGUCUGUGUGAACACAUGCCUAAUGAGUCUGUGUGUGUGUGUGUAUGAGUGUGUGUGUGCUUGUUUUAUGCGCGUUUGGGCGUGUCUUAUGUUGUUUGUUGUUUUAUUUGUGUAAAGCAAACGGUACAGUGAGUGUCUCUAACACCCCUUUUUCCUGUUGUGCAGUAUGAGGAAUGCCAGUGGGCUGACUGCUGCUGACCUGGCCCACGCCCAGGGAUUCCAGGAGUGCGCUGAGAUUCUCUCCAAUGCCCAGAACUUCCAACAAAACAUGGCUCACUCCCAUAAUGGGGCCUUUCUGAAUGGCAUGACCCAGAACAGGGGCCACGCACACCCCAACAUCCAGGGACGCAGCUUCUUGAAUGGCAUGCCCAAUAGAAAGAGGUCGUUUGAUGGCAUGGAAGCCAACCCAGUAAAGAAGGCUCGACCCAAUGGUACAGUAUCAAGCUGAUCAGUUUAUUUCCUUUUGUAGCAAGUGUCUUUGACAUAAAAGGUAUAACUUCAUAUUAGGCAUUAGUGCCCACCUGAAAAAUUUUUUAUCACGAUGUUGGUGGCCCAAAAUAUCAUGAUUCACGAUGUUAUCACAAUAUUAGUGCAUUGCUUUUAACGUUGUUAAAAAUGGCAAAAAAAAACUGCGAAAUCACUUCUCUGUUCACAGCAUGACACGCACAAACAAUAUGAGCAAGAGGCAGCUAACACGACGUUGGGAGCAUUAGCUUUUUGGAGCUAAAGUUAGCAGAAACGUCACUUACGUGGUCAAUAAUAAGCAGUAGAGUAGACCAAACCUGUUGCGGUCAUGUUGUUUUUACCUUGAUUUGGCGAACGAUGCUGUAUGGUGUCCACGGAGGUGGGCACGUAGGUUUGAAAAGUUAGACAAUGGCGCUGCAACUUCCUUACGGCAUAACCUGCAGAUUGGUGUCAGGUUUACCUGCUCCGUCUGUUUUGUGAAGCCGUAAAACGUCCAUACUGCCAACGAAACCUUUUUAAUAGGACGAUACAGCCGAGGCGUUUCGUCAUUCUCAGUCUCCAACUGUUCUUGGUCCGGCUGCAUUGUUACGUUGGUUUGAAGUUGGAACGUGUGCAUCAACUUUUUUUUUCUUUUUCAAACUGUUUCCGGUUCACAGAGUGGACGCGCUCCAACCGUGGUUUCGGUGGCCGCAAUGCAUUAUGGGUGACCACGCAUUUUGUUGUAAAAUUUCUUCAUUUUCUCUUUUAAUGUUCCCGUUUUUGUUAGGCUGGCAUUCGUGUACUUAAUUUGAGAGUUUGUUUUCGAUUUAGGACUACUUGUGUGGUGGGUUGUUUGUACAUUUUGCUACUGAGGCUUUGACACCGUGGGUAAGACUACAAGCGGGUUAGGUUAAUAAGUACUCCGCUUCACACGCUUCUAUUGAGUGGCGCUGCCACUAGUCUUUGGAUUACAAUUGUGGAACCAUUAUUGCAGUCUUCUACGAUUUCAUCAUUUUACCGUUUCAUAUUGCAUAUUGUGAUUAAAUCGUAUAUCGGCACAUCCCCACUUCACAUACUGGCCUGAACAUCUGACAUGCUGGACCAAUUAACUAAGACUGGCUCCUUAAGACAAAUGCAGAUUUUGUCAUCAUAUAGAGUGACCCUGGAUUAUGUUUAUUUCUAUGCGUAUGACUUUAUAACAAUAGGCUGUCCAAAAGGUAUCCAUUCACUGUCAUGUAGAAAAUUCAGUCUGUCUGCCAAAAGCCCAAGGUUUAAAAAUCAAAAAGAUUUUAAAAAGACUAUCUUAUAGAAAUUCUUGAUACUGCUGUGUAAGGCCUGAAAACACAUAUGCAAAAAGUGCAAGAGGAACCUCUGGAGCUUUAGAAAGGCAGCAGUUGUUUUUGACAGACAUUAAUCUCUUUCUAAGUAACACUCGUGUUAUUUUUGUAUGCAUCUUUGCCUCUCAGGUCUGGGCAUGCCACCAGAGUUGCUGAAUGGGAAUGGGCCACUGGGUGGUGCUGGAGAGGCCCAGAUGGAAGGCAUGAGCAUGGAUUUGGCAGCAACUGCAACCCCAGGUGGGCCAGGACCCUUUGCAUUUGGGCUGAAUGGGUUUGAACCACCAAAGGGGCCAGGGCCUAUGGAUGAGUGUGAGGACCAGGGGGGACGGGACAGUUCCAGCCAGACAACUAAAGAGCUGGAGGUCAUCACUGUGGCGUCAAUGCAGACCCCCUGCCGCUGCACCAACUCUUAUGCCUACUUGUAGAGAGCUUGUGUGUUUAGCAGAGUACGCUGAUUAUUCCAUAUGUGCAGUUUGUUUGUUCGGUAGCGUCAGGCUUUUUGUAUUUGGCACACUACGUACCUACAAGAAUACUCUUUUUGAUUUGAUGUUAAGCUAAAUUUGGAAGAUAAAUAGCAGUGCGUGUUCUGUAUUUCUACUUUUACAUGUACCUGAUUCUGCUUGGAUGGAUAGUAUUAUUGAGGUCUCUUUUUGGUGGUUAUAUUUAAUGCAUCCGUCCAGUUUUAUGACUAACUGUUGUGUGAACUUCGACUUUUUUAGGUUUAUGAUAACGAGUACAUUUUUGUUUUGCACAAUUAAACAAGCAUUCUGUAAAGCAUUAAACCAUUGGCAUUCCCUUGACAUGGUAGUGUCACAAGUGAAAUGUUAGUCAUUUUGACUAAAUGGAAAACUAAGUCUUAGUCACAUUUUCAUAUCAGUUCUUACCAGUCUUUUGUCAACUUAUUGGUGUUAAAAGUCGAGGCUAAGUUGCAUAGGUCACCUCAAGAUGUUGCUGUUGCCCUUGUUCUUGGAAGUUGGUGAGUUGUAGUGUGGAUCGGCUGAUUCUGCUAAAUGUUUACUCCAAAUGGCUGAGAGAAAAAUGAAUUUUCCAAUUUUACAUAGAAAAACGACUACACUAAUAUUGUAAUUAGUAUGUUCAAAAAUGAAAUGUGGAAGUAAAGAUUGGAUGCUUUUCUUAAAACAUAAUUUCCCUUUUUGAUUGAAGAAAGUAAAUCAAGUGUUCUUUCAGAUGAAAUGCAGCUCGAUUGAUGACUUUUAUGCAACGAUGAGUGACUCAGCACUCAUUAAAGUACCCUGAGAAAAUGUGUCCUGAUGCUAACUGCUACCACACGUCAGAUGAGGUGUUACAUAUUUGACAAUAACCUUUUUAUGCCAAAGCAUAUCCCAAUAUGAAUGUAGCUCAUAAGUAUAAAGGAUUCACUGUGCAGCUUUGUUGUAGUUUGUAGAUGUCAUAUACUCAGACAUAGUCGUUCAUGGGCUUGGAAUUCUUUUAUUCUGUUUUUCCUUUGCAUUUGUUUGAGGUGUGUGCUUAUUUGACUCAAGCUUGAUGAGCAUUUACUGAGCAACUCUAGAAAAGUUUUUAUAGGCAACUAGCAGGGCUUGCACAUCUAUCUGUUUAUACAAUAAUACCCUGUUUGGCUUUGGAAUAAGUGAUCGACCCUUUUACAAUCAUUAGUUACAAAUAAACAGUACUGCUCAAGAAAGUUUGCAUGGAUUUGCAAAAAGCCUUAUUUCUUGAGCUGUAUUGAACAGUUAUUAACUUAAUGUACAUUGUUUUCAACUUUUUGCAUAUGCUAGUAAGGGAAAUUCUUUCUUACCUUUGUAUUUUGUCGUAGAAUUUUAUGUCGCAGCUAUUGUUUUACAUGCCAGAAAGGUUUAACUGACUCAAUUCAAAACAUCCAAUGCUUAGUAUUGAGCAGGUUUAGCUUUGUAUGAUAUUGUGUGAAAUCAUUAAAUGUUGAUAAAUUUUAUAAACGUGAUUGUGUUGGACUUUUGUGUUCUUAUGCAUCAGAUUCUGUCUCUCUUGUUAGGAGCAAGCAUGUUUGCUGGCUGGUAAAAAGAAUCACAGUCAUUCUCAGAUUGAUUCAAACAUCUGAGUCAAACUCUUACAGACUACACUAUUAUUCAUAAAUCCACUACACUCAUGCUGGGUUUUUACUGUAACAUGCCAACAGGUCUGUGAGUUAAAGAUUCCCUUGACUUGACGCAACAGCUUAAAUACCUCAGUGGGAACAGAAGUAGGUCAGUGUGUCAUAUAGCACUUACAGAAAGUAAGCACAGCUUAGGUUGUGACCUACUUUAAACAAGGUGUCAGGUCAGAAAUUGAGGCAUUAUACAAGACUCUUGAAUGCUUUUUGAACUUAUUUAUCAAAUUUUGCGUAAUCCUUUAGGUUUUUUUCCUCAUCUGGCUACUGAAGUCCUUAGUGUGAGAUGAGCUCCAUUUUCACAUUUAGUUGUGCAAAACAAAAUGAAAAAAAGUCUGACUUUGUAUUUUAUAGGUGUAGCAAUGAAGUCACAAACCGAUUAUCCAUAUGCCCUUUGACUCUGUGUUUCAUUUCCAGUGGCAGAUGGGAGACCUUGUGAGGGCUUUUCCUCAAAUGGUUACAGUCAACCACAUUUUCCAUUUGGGUGUGAACCAGCUGCAGCAGAAACCCUUCAUGAGCAGCCCAUCUACAGUGACUCUCCAUACAACAACAGCACUGCAGGCAGCCAGGUGGAGCACCAGAAAUCUGUGAAAGCAGAGGAGCAGUAUGACCAUGCCUUCUACAGCACCAUGCUUCUUUACCAUGGAUCCUAAAGUGCAAUAUAUGUAGAUGACUGCUCCUUCUCUCUGUCUGAAUUUCAUCUAUGGCUUAAUGAGAAUUGAUUCGCCUUAAAGCCACUGUAUGGUCCCGCUUUUCAUUUAUUCAUUGAGCAUUUAUUCAUUGUUUGUUGUUACAGAGGGCAGGCCUAUUGUUAAAGUUGAUUGAGAAAGGGAUAUUUUUUGUUUAUGAAAAGUGGCAAAUUUAUUGAUGUUUUUAUGGUUAUAAAUAACUUUGUUCUGAAACACAAAACUUAUCACUUGAGUUGCACUACUGCCAAUACUAAAUUCUGUUUGUCCCUACCAGAAAUGGGCAUCCCCUCAUCUUGAUGUUAGUGAACAAUGCAAGCACAUACCAUGUUAUUCAUAUUAAUAAAAAUGGUUUUGCAAAUGUUAAAA